AUGGAACAUAUUGCCCAACAAAAUCUCCUAGGCUCCAUUGCUAGACAGCUGAUAGACACCCUCAACUCAGGACCUUCUCAUCGCCAAAGUGGUCCAAGGAGGUGUAUCCAAAGACACCAUGUAGGUGCUCACCAACGUCUUGAUUACUUUGCUGAAAAUCCCCUCUACCCUGAAAGAAUGUUCCAUACUAGAUUUAGGAUGAUAAAGCAUCUCUUCCUGUGCAUCGCCAAUGCUCUGAGUGAAUGGUCUCCCUAUUUCACUCUAAGAGCAGAUUGUGCAAAUCGCCAAGGGCUCUCGCCUCUUCAGAAGUGCACAUCGAAAAUUCGCUUGCUUGCAUAUGGCACGCCUGCUGAUGGCCUUGAUGAGUACCUGAAGAUUGGGAAGAGCACGACAAGGGAGUAUAUGCAUGCUCCCACAGUUGAUGAUGUGCAACGUCUACUUCAGGUCAAUGAGUCUCGUGGCUUUCCAGGCAUGUUGGGAAGCAUUGAUUGCAUGCAUUGGAGGUGGAAAAAUUGUCCUACAGCUUGGAAGGGACAAUUUACCCGUGGUGACUACGGAGUCCCAACGAUCACCCUAGAAGCAGUUGCUUCACAUGAUCUUAGAAUAUGGCAUGCUUUCUUUGGUGUGCCUGGUCCUAAUAAUGAUAUUAAUGUGCUGAAUCAAUCCCCAUUAUUCAUUGAAGCAUUGAAAGGUCAAGCACCUCAAGUUCAGUUUUCUGUUAAUGGGAGGCAAUAUAACACAGGCUACUACCUUGCUGAUGGAAUAUAUCCAGAAUGGGCAACCUUCGUGAAGUCGAUUAAAGCACCUCAGAUGGAGAAACACAAGCUGUAUGCAUUGAAGCAAGAAGGGCGCAGGAAAGAUAUUGAACGUGCUUUUGGAGUUUUGCAGUCACGUUUUAAUAUCGUGCAUCGUCCAUCACGGCUGUGGAAAAGGAAGAGUAUUGGGAGAAUAAUGAAAGCUUGUGUCAUACUCCACAAUAUGAUAGUCGAAGAUGAGAAAGAGAUGGUGGAAGUUCCUAUUGACUUGAAUGAGCAAGGUGGAUCAUCAAUUGCUCUACCUCCGGAAGUUCUUGUUGGGGGUUCUUUCAAGUAUUAUCGACGGCUGCUAGUCAUCAAGAGAUAUGGCUAA